UUACUCUCACAUACUCCUUGACAGCUCCACAACACAGCGCUCGCCGGAGCGGGUCUCACUUGGCCGCCCUUUGACUGUUCCGCGCGGAGUUCACCUGUUUAUUUUUUUGAAUGAGACCCGGAGGAGACAUGGCUUCUCAGGAGACCUUCAACGACUCGGGGAGCAGCUCGUCCGAGGAGGACAGCAGCCGUGCGGACUUGGCAGAUGUGACGGCGGAGGAGAAGACAUCUCCGGUGGUGCGUCGGCAUCAUCAUCCUUUCAGCGUGGAGGCGCUCAUGUCCGGGAGGAAGACGAGCGGCCGCGGCGGAGAGUCCAUCCGCUGUAAACCCGAGGGAGGCUCCGUGGUGGCGUCUCCUGCAGGUUUAAACUCCCUGUAUCUGUACCGAGAGACGUGUAGUCCUCCCGGGGGAAGCCGAAAGGCUCUGUCUGCAUCGCCGGUAAAAUCCGAGGCUUCAGAGUCAGAGGAGUGCGCACCAUGGGUCACCAACAGCGCGUAUGGCACACAGCCGCCGCGUCACGUCAGUCCUGGCUGUCCACUGAGGAAACACAAGACCAACCGAAAGCCCCGCACUCCCUUCACCACGUCUCAGCUCCUGGCCCUGGAGAGGAAGUUCAGGCAGAAGCAGUACCUGUCCAUAGCAGAGCGGGCAGAGUUCUCCUCCUCUUUGACCCUGACAGAGACCCAGGUGAAGAUCUGGUUCCAGAACCGCCGCGCAAAAGCCAAGAGGCUCCAGGAGGCCGAGCUGGAGAAACUCAAGAUGGCCGCAGACGCCAAGACGGCUGUGGUGGCAGCUGCGGCCGCAGGAGGUUUACACCCUGGCUUUACGUUACCGCUGUCGCUGGGCGCCAUGUCACUGUAUGGACAGUCGUACUCUGCCUAUCACCACCACCACAGACCCAUACUGCCCAUCUCACCUUUAGGACUGUACGCUGCUCCUCUGGGCUACAGCAUGUACCACUUAUCAUAAACAUGGAAAUAUCACUGACUUUGGUGACGUGUUCCAAAGGAUUCCCAAAAAUGGACACAGAGGACGUGUGGCUGACAUUUAGAGAAUCAAUGUUUAUAAUAUAUCAACUGCACAAGGAGUGUUUGAAUCAACUUCCCAAGCUCUUCAAGUCAAAUAAGAAUCUAUUUUUUCCAACAGCGAGGAUAAAAAAAAACCUUAAAUGUCUUCUUGCCCCUUUGGACUGCUUGUUUACAUGACCUAUCUAUAUGAGGAGGGGCGUUACUGUCCAGCUGUUUAUACUCUUCACAUGUUUACUUUUGCAAUAAUUGAGCUGGGCGAAGACUUGCACUGGGCACAAUAAUACAGUUAAACUUUUCACUUAAGCCUUUCUCUUCAUUCAGUACAGUGCCUUGUGUUGGAAAGGGCCUUAAAGACGAGACACUUUGUACGCUUGUGUGGAUGACGAGUGUUACAGCAACUCAGGCCAAAUAAAACAUAUCACUGAAGCAUUCAUUAACUCCAUGAACUGCUCUCCUUUUCAUUUCCAAAAAGACAAAGUCAGGUUUGUGUGCUCUUCAACACAAGACGGUUUUCUGUUCAGACUUCUUUUCAUCUUUUAUCUCUCUAGCAAUAAAAAUAAACAUGUUCAUCACUCCAUUUCCUCACCGCACAACUAUAAAGCAAAGACAUAUUUAUUCUCUCUGACAUAUAAAUUUGCUGGAAAUGUAUGAAUGCCUCAUGUUAUCUAUUUAUGUGAGAAUAUGGUACAAAAGUUCUGACCAAAAGUGUAUUUAUAUUGUUCUUCCUGAACGUCCCUUUGAAAGGGCUUAUAUUGUGCUAUGCAGUUUAUAUAUAUAUUUUUUGUCCAUUGAUGUUUUAUCAGUCGAAUGAACAAAUCAAUUAAAGCUUUUCGGACUGUUUCUUUUAAAUAAAUAACAUUUAAUUUUAUGUGUAGAAAAUAA